UUGUUUUUGGUUCACUCCAAACAAGCACACUCAAAGCAGUCAUUGAACAACUACGGCUCCCGACUCCUUCGCAUUCCCUCCGUCUCUCUCAACUCAAGAUGUUGAAGCUCUCAAAGCUCCUGGGCUCCAGUUUGCGUGGUUUCUCCUCCCAGGCAGGGAUGCCUAUUGCAAAGAAAUAUUUUGAGGCUGAUGGGACAUUGAGAAAAAAAGUAUUUGCCCCCUAUACUAUUUUCAAGGGCAAAGCUGCUCUCUCUGUUGAACCGAGACUUCCAACAUUCAGUAAAUUAAAUUCAGGAGGUUUAAAGGUUGAACGCAAAGGUGUUAUUAUGUUGACAUUCCUUCCUGCCGUUGGUGAGCGCAAAUAUGAUUGGGAAAAGAAGCAAAUGUUUGCUCUGUCGGCAACUGAAGUUGGAACCGUACUAAAUUUGGGUCCUAGUGAUUCUUGUGAAUUCUUCCAUGAUCCUUCAAUGCUACAAAGCAAUGCUGGUGAAGUUAGAAAAACCUUGUCAGUUAAGGCACUUGGUGAUGGCAGUGGUUAUUUCAUGUCUCUUAGUGUUGUCAACAACACCCACAAGACAAAUGAUCGCCUAACAGUUCCAGUUACUGGUGCUGAAUUUUCUGUCAUGCGAACAGCUUUCAAUUUUGCUUUGCCUCACAUCAUGGGGUGGGACCAGUAUACGAAUCUUCAGCAAACGAACACUAGUGAGUUGCCUUCAGGAAAUGUUGCACAAUUUGCGAAGUCGGAAUGGGAACGAUGAAGCUAUAUGAUCUCUGUGAAUAUCUAAUUUGCUCCCAACUUAAAAGUAGUGUAUGUUGCUGCCCUGUACUUGUGACUUUUAGCCUCUCCUAAAUGUGCUAAAGCACACUUGCUGUAUGAUGAUGAACUUUGCCUCUUAUUUGAAGACAUUCUAUUCUUAAAAGCCAUUGACCAAGCUUGGUUGGCAGAUUA